AUGAUAAUAAGACAUGCAGAGUAUGGAGAUUUACGAAAUUAUAUUUAUAAAUUUUUUCCAAAAUUAACUUGGAUCGACAGAGCAAAGAUUCUUCUUGAACUUUCAAAAGCAUUAAAUUCUCUUCAUCAAAUGAACUUACUCCAUAGAGAUUUCCAUUGUAAAAAUAUUUUAGUAGAUGAAGGUGAUAGAAUUUUUGUAAGUGAUUUUGGACUUUGUCAACUAAUUGGCUCGGAAAUAGAUACAAAUAACAUUCAAGGAGUUUUACCUUAUAUCGCUCCUGAAGUUUUAAGACAUGAACCAUAUACAAAGCGAUCAGAAGUGUAUAGUAUAAGUAUGAUAAUGUGGGAAUUAACAUCAAAAAAACCUCCAUUUUCAAAUUACCCUCAUAAUAUAGAACUUGCAUUUGCGGUUCUUGAUGGACAGAGACCUGAAGAUGUUAAAGGAACACCAUAUUUUUAUGCUAAUAUUAUGAAACAAUGUUGGGAUUCUGAUCCAUUAAAAAGGCCU